ACAUUCAGUCAGUUCAGAAAUUUCAAGAAUGAAGACAGCAUUUCAAGUACGACAGUCAGUUCUAGCCAGCACAUUUGCAAAAAACAUUUUUCUUGUACUUUUCACAAUUUUUGCUGUGAAUUUUUACAUUUCGUAUUUUUAUUCGGAUGUGUUCCUUAAGUUCCGCGAGGAUAACAUGACAAUUUUGAUAUUAAGAGAAAAUGUUGGACAGUUUCUACAACAAAGACUGCCUGCUGGUCAGCAUUUAGAAUUUGAGGAGACAAUCAGUGAGGCAAAGAAGGCAGAACUGCUCGGAUUAGAUGAUGGGAUAUCCGAUGAAGCUAAAAGGAUCAUGAAGGAACUGAAUAUCACAAAUGCUGGUGAAAAUGGAGCGCCAGUGAUUUUUCCACAGAAUCUCAGCACAGAAAUCAGCAAACUUAAGGACCUGAUGUACAAAACUUAUGGCUACAAUGCCUUAGCAUCAAGUAUGAUCAGCCUUAAUCGAGCACUGCCUGACAAUCGGAGUGAUUACUGCAAAAUGAAGAAGUAUCCAAAAGAUUUACCAAAAGUUUCCAUAAUUAUUCAGUUUCAUGAUGAUGACUGGAUGUUGUUAAUGCGGACGGUUCACUCAAUACUUCUAAGGUCACCAUAUCAUCUGAUCGAGGAAAUCCUUUUAAUCCACGAUGUCUCAGAACGUGAAUAUUUUAAGGAAAAAUUAGAAAAUUAUAUCAAAAAAAUUCCAAAAAUUCGACUCAUUCGGUCACAUAGAAGGCAAGGAAUCAUCAGUGCUCGAAUUCUUGGAGCUAGAAAUGCAGUCGGUCCUGUUUUGAUUUUUAUCGAUUCCCAUUGUGAAGUAACGACUGGAUGGCUUGAGCCAAUUCUAGCUAGAUUUGUUGAAGCACCAAAUGCUGUUCUUUGGGGUAAAAUAUCGACAAUGUCACCUGAUACCAUGCAAGUUUGGACAAACAGUGAAGCUGGCAGGAUAGGAUCAUUCCGAUGGAAUCUUAACUUUGAAUAUAUGGACGUGGACUGGUAUGAAGGCGACAAACCUACGCCAAAAUUCGAACCAAAACCAUCGGUAACAAUUCUUGGAGCUUGUUUUGCGAUCCGGAAGGAUUUCUUCCAUAAAAUUGGAUUGAUGGAUCCAGAUUUUGACAUGUGGGGAGGUGAGGAUGUCGAGUUGGCAUUCAGAGCUUGGAUGUGCGGCGGUCAAGUGAACAAGAUUCCAUGCUCAGUAGUCGUCCAUAUGUUCAAAUCACACACUUAUUCAGUAAACACAAAAGCUAAUGACGGUGCAUUGUACAAUAAUGACAGAAUAGCUGAAAUAUGGCUGGAUGAGGAGUAUAAGAAGUAUUAUUACAGAUCCGUAGGACACACAAAAGACAGAAAUUUUGGAAAUAUCACAGAAAGAUUGGAAUUGAAGAAAAGUUUAGGCUGCAAAUCAUUUAAAUGGUUCCUUGAAAAUGUUCAUCCUAAAAUGGGAGUUCCUGAUGAAAUUAGAAGACCUGAAGACAAGGAAUUUAGAUAA